UUGCAUGUUAUGUUCAAAUAGACAUCAGACAGUGUACAAAUCGUUUUGUUCGUGUAGCGUCCGCAACAAUACGUAACGAACAUUUGGCGAAUCUCGAAGUGUAGAGUCGAAAAAUUCAACUUCGGACAAAUGCGUUCGUCUUGAACAAAUUCGACAAACUUUGUUUCCAGUUACCAAUGAAACAUAACAUCCUUUGCGUAUAUGUGAAAGUAGUUAUUUUUAUGUGUGGACGUUUUUAGAAUUUUGCUCGUUGUUUCUUGAUAGACCGGCUGUAAUGAUGGAUGAAAAUGAACAGGAAUUGAAGUCACCAAUCAAACGGCUGGGAUCUACAAGAAAACUUUUGGUUUUUAACAAUAUCCGGUUACAGCUUAACGAACAGUUAAGAUGUCUAGAUAUGCGUAUGGAAGCUCAAGUGGCCAUCGUAACCGAACUGCAAGAUUUUUUUCGUCGAAGAGGGGAACUAGAACUUGAUUACUCAAAGAAUUUAGACAAAUUGGCCAAAAGUCUACAGCUCAGGCACAAAGAACAAAAACAAAAAAGAGAACAAUGGCCUUUAUUUUCGAGUUAUACGUGUUGGCAACAACUGGUAACACAAACUAAAAAUUUAAGCAGGGAUCAUGUAGCUUUAUCUGAGGUCUAUUCAACGCAUUUAGUGUCCAGGUUAUCCCAGGUCAUGGAGGAUGUCCAGAGAAUAUACAAAAGGUGUCGUGAAAUCGGAUACGAAACACACGAGGAGAUACUUCGUGUGUUGCACGAGCUACACACAACAAUGAAAACAUAUCACAGUUAUCAAGCGGAGCUCCGUCAAGCGGAAGCAAAACUGAAAUCGGCUGAAACCCAAAGAUCUAAAUUAGAACAGUCUUUAUCUCAAGACAAAUUAGACAGGUCCAAGAAAUACAAGUUAAUGGAAAAGGAAGUGAUGAAGCGCAAACACAAAUACACGGACGCAAAACUGAAAGCUCUCAAAGCAAGAAACGAAUAUAUUUUAUGUUUAGAAGCUUCCAACACCACCAUCCACAAAUAUUUCGUAGACGAUUUAUCCGAUCUCAUUGAUUGUAUGGAUUUCGGGUUCCACAACUGCAUAUCCCGCGCACUUCUCAUGCACGUCUCGGCGGAAGAAGGUAGACAGAGGUCCGUUCAGAACGGUUUGGACACUCUAUCCGCCUGCAUAAACUCCCUAGACUCUAGAUUAGACAAACAGCGGUUUCUCGAAUACAACCAUGCGGCGUUCAUGAUACCGAAAAAAUUUGAAUUCCAAGGGCAAAAACAGGAAGAGUCGGCGGAACCAGAGAUCCAGAAAGUACUACAUCAAGAGAUGGAGAGUCGGCUGUGCCAGUUGCAACAAAGGGUAACUUCGCUGCGGGCCGAGUCCGAGGAGGUCUGGAAGACGCUCGAAACGGCCGAAUCCACGCUACUGGAAAUGCUGAACGCGAAGGACUACGAUUGUAGUGGAUACUUCGGAGAAAAUCCAGUUCCUGCGGGAAAACCACCGGAGACGGUUUCCAUUAAACUGAGGGCCGAUCGACAAGAAACUGAAGAAUUUUAUCUAACGAAAUUCCGCGAGUAUUUACUGGGGUCGACCAGGAUAGCCCGUUUAGAUGCCAAACAAGAAUACAUACGACAAUCUUUACUCUCUGAAGCACCUGACUACUGCAGCACUCUUAAACCGGUUGUAAAAACUCCUCGACGAAAACGAAUAGGACGAUUACAAAUGAGUGGCCAGCCGAAAUUGUUUGGUGGUUCUUUGGAAGAAUAUUUGGAGGCCACAAAUCAAGACAUUCCUCUAAUUAUGAAGUCUUGCAUUAGAGUUAUUAAUUUAUAUGGUUUGCACCAUCAAGGUAUUUUUAGAGUAUCGGGAUCUCAAGUAGAAAUAAACAAUUUCCGAGAGUGGUUUGAACGCGGUGAGGAUCCUUUGGCUGAUAUGACAGACGCGUCUGACAUUAAUAGCGUCGCUGGAGUUUUAAAAUUGUAUUUAAGAGAAUUGAGAGAACCAUUGUUUCCUAUUAUUUAUUUUGAGCAGUUUAUGGAACUUGCACAAUUAGAACCUAAGAGAGAGUUCAUUGUUAAAAUGAGGGAAUUAAUCAGUAGUUUACCCCGACCUGUGAUAGUUGUGAUGAGGUAUCUCUUUGCCUUCCUUAACCACUUGUCAGAAUUUUCUGACGAAAAUAUGAUGGAUCCUUACAACUUAGCUAUUUGUUUUGGACCUACUCUGGUACCAGUUCCUGAUGACAAGGACCAAGUUCAGUAUCAGAACCAAGUGAAUGAACUGAUUAAGAAUAUAAUAAUGUUCAACGAUGAAAUAUUUCCGAACGAUGGUGGAAUUGUGUAUGAGAAAUAUAUAUCUCCAGAACCAGACGACCAUGACGUCGGUGACUCACCAUCUGAUCAAGUACAAGAAGAUCUAGAUUCAGAAGUGUACCCGUCUGAAGACGAUUCGGAAAACAUGGAAGCGACAGCACAAUUCGAUUUCAUAGCUAGAUCUGACAGAGAAUUAUCUUUAAAAAAAGGCGACACGGUUACUUUGUACUCGCAAGUGUCGAACGACUGGUGGAGAGGCUCAGUAAAAGGACAAGAAGGACUCAUUCCAGAUAAAUAUAUAUCUUUGAAAAUGAAGGAUGAUGAUCGCGAGAAGCUGGAGAACCUAAAGUCCAGUUCGUCAGAAGAAUCGAUGAGGAGGAGAGUUUCCAGCUCGAAUGACUCCAUGUUGUCCGAAAGUUCCGUCUCUGCAAGUAAUUCGCCUCUAGUGCAGUGUGCCCCCGUCACAUGGACAAAUGUGACCGAUAUGAACGAGUCUUUGUCGUCUGAAAACAAUCCAGUAAUAUUAAACCAAACGAGAGAGAAUGGCCAUAGUCGUUUCAAAUCUUUGGAUGUCCCUUUAGAGUCGCAUUUACUUAAUAAAACCCGCGAUCCAGCUUUACUUCCACAAUGUACAACGAUAAAUGUAACUCCGAGUCCAAGUACUACAGUUAACGGAUCUCCUUUAUUGUUAACUAGAAAGCUAGAACCUAAAAAUGAGCCAAUUGAAGAUGACGAAAAAGCAGAUUCCGAGAGCGCAGAAGAUCGUAAGCCGGUAGAACCUGAGAUUGACGAAUCCAACGUGAAUUUUAGUCAAAAUCGGGAGGAGUGGCAAAGACGGGCAAACCAACAGUCACAUAUCCAGGUGUCGCAGUCGCAAACGCUAAAAGCCAAUAGAUUGUCCGAAUCGUACUUGCAAAGGCAAAACCAUACACCCGAUCUGGUGAUGGAUCUGCCUCUAGUCGGUAACUCGAGUCCAAAGGAUUGCGCGAAGAAGUCCAUAUCAGUAUCUAGUAGCCAGGAAGGGUUAGUCGAGGACGAUGCUUCAGUGAAACCCGUAGAGAGUCCUCAAGGGCCAGAGAGUCCAGAUAUGCAAACCGCUGCGGAAAGAUUUGCCAAACAGAAUCAAUGUACGCUCAAAAAGAACACCAAAGUUCAUGUUGAAAGUAGCGAACUUAGCACAGAUUUUAACUUAAUAGCUAUAACUAGUCCAAUGCCCGAGCGCAAGUAUGCUACGAUCGGAGGUGCGACCACUACUACUUUUAAGCCACAGCUCAAAGCGAAACCCCCAGUGCUCAAAAAACCCGCGUUUUCUGUACCAUUGUCGGUUUCUAGCGACGUGUUGCGGAAAGACCAACCAGAUCUUCCCACAUAAUUGUACCCUAUUCGUUUGUUCAAGACAAUAAACUAAAGGUAUACUCUUGAAAA